CCAGAGCAAGCCUCCAUAAUCAACAGUCAAGCCCCCAUACCUGCAUUACGUCUGCAGAAGUCAUUGUACAUCACUCCUCCACGAGUAGUCGACCCAGACUCUAUGCAGCUUCGCCAGACCGCUUCGACCGGUCGGCUUCGAGCAAGACCGAGCAGGACGCGAAGCCGGCCUCCAAAGAUGCCAACGGCAUCGAUUUCGGCCUCAUCAAGCACGCAGAAGCCACGACACUUUUCCAACAACUCUGUUUCCUCCAUUCAGUCUUACGGAACAGACAUGACAACCUCGACCAUUCGGAAACGCCAUGCUCGGGACAUCUUUGCAGAAUUUGGCAUCCCUCGUCCGUCGGGAUGGCUCUCUGACGACGAAGAAGAGGACUUUUCGCGUCAUCGAGAUGGAACCAACAGCAUCCCCAGGCAUGUUCUCAACACGUGCCAUUCCUGCGGCGCAGAGGUAACUUCUCGCACAUUCUGCUCCAGUUGCGGCCAUGCGGUGUGCCCACAAUGUGCCAGCGAAAUACCGGACGAUGGCUCGAUCGACUUUGAGCAUACUGGGAGUAGUCAUCGAAAUGCUGUAACCAGUCAACAUCAUACCUCGAGGGUUACGGAGGAGCAUAUUCGGUCAUCCUCCAGCCUGGAAACUACGGAGACAUCGAAAAAGAAUCAGAGGGCCCCAGCCACCUCAGUCAAUCUCAAUGAGAACCCCUUCAUACUGGCCGAUAGGAUGACGAAGAUCACCACGGUCGAACCUCAGAUUACUGACAUGACGGUUGGCGCGGGACAAGCAUCAAGGCUCUCAGAUUGCGUUCCUAGACAAACGGAUUUAAACACUGCAGAGACACAUGGAGAUUACGGGAAUCCAAGAUGCAAUGCUACCCAUGCCGGGCAUCAUCCUGGCCGUCACAGUAUUGCAUGCAUUGACAACCAGCAAAGCUCAGCAAACAUGGAUGAAUCGGAGCCACUGCGACCACAUCUUCCGCUGGAGGAUCCCGUCCAAAACAAGAUUGACCAAAUGUACCAUCAUGCUGAAGACCUCAGACGUGCACAGCACAUCAUGGAGCACCUAGCCACUGGUUCCGCUGGAAUUUCAGCAAGCAAGCAGCAAUCUCAACACACCACUCCCCCUCAGCAGAAGACGCAGCCCGGCACCGAAGACCAUGACACCAAUCGCGAGAAGUUGAUCAGCUUCGAUGCGGCAAUGGCUGAAAAUAGCGAGCGCGCCAGGGCCUAGGAUGUUCAUGGCCUCGACAAGUCACAGUCUCUUGACGUAGAUCCAGUCAAGAAGAGAGGCUCAGAGUCUCUGUCUGUUCGUGCUGUGGGACAGCUCUCUCGUUCUCCAUCAUGGCUGAAGAGUCCUACUCAGAUGUCACAUCGGACAACGAACAGACUGACCGCGAUGGAGACCAAGAGUUCUCCCCAAAUGAAGACGUCCAGUAGACGAGAUUCCGCCGCGGAGACAAUCAGUCCAGCAUCUGCGGUUUCUUCCGAGAGUGCCAAGAGCACCGACCACCUGAUGCGUCAAUUUGACCAGCUCAGUUCACCAAUAGGCGGAGCGUCUAUCCAGUGGCCAAAGUUGAAGAAGGUUCACAAAGAGGCAAACCGUGAAGUGCAAAAGGA